GGGCCUGAUUCUGUGGAUUUACAUAAGGCUCCAUCAGCCGGCCCACUCAUUACCAUGUUUUAUAUCCCCUUGCGCUCAGAAAGCAUCAUGGCAAAGCAGCUCCAUCCUCCCCUCCAACAGGGAAGUGAAGCAGCUUCUCAGAGCAGGUGUCAGCAGCAGUAAACUCCCCACAGCUCUGCACCGGAGACCAGGAAAAGAACUUUAUUCUCACUUUUUUUGUUCUACCAUUUAUUCCCCUCCUUUGUCGUCCGUUUUUUAAAUCCUCCCCUGCGCUCCAGCGGGCGCACAGCAGGCCUAUGUUGUGUUUUUAAUGUUCUCUAAAAUGGUAUCGAAGCUGACAUCCCUGCAGCAGGAGCUGCUCAGCGCCCUGCUGGACUCAGGAGUCACCAAAGACGUGCUGAUCCAGGCCCUGGAUGAUAUGGACCCCAGUCCGCCUGGCUUUGGAGUAAAACUGGAGAGUCUGCCGCUGUCUCCCGCUCCGCCUCAGAGCGGCAAGAUGAACGGGGCGGACGUGGACUCCAAGCCCGUUUUCCACACGCUCACUAACGGCCACAGCAAGGGCAAGCUGUCCGGGGACGAGGGCUCCGAGGACGGGGACGACUACGACACGCCGCCGAUCCUGAAGGAGCUCCAGUCGCUAAACACGGAGGAGGCCGCGGAGCAACGAGCGGAGGUGGAACGCAUGUUGGCCGAGGAUCCGUGGCGUGCUGCCCGCAUGAUCAAAGGUUACAUGCAGCAGCACAACAUCCCCCAACGGGAGGUGGUGGACAUCACGGGGCUGAACCAGUCUCACCUCUCCCAGCACCUCAACAAAGGCACGCCCAUGAAAACGCAGAAGCGAGCGGCCCUCUACACCUGGUAUGUCAGGAAACAGCGGGAAAUUCUCCGACAGUUCAACCAGGCAGCACACGGUCCUGCCAGCAUUAUGACAGAUAAAGGCAAUCAGGAUCCGGCCUUUUUCUUCCCAGAGUUCAACACGUCUGGUCAGGGCAUGGGUCAGCCGGGCGACGAGGUGGGCAGCGAACCGUCCUGCAAGAAAAUGAGACGCAACCGCUUCAAAUGGGGGCCGGCGUCCCAGCAGAUCCUGUACCAGGCCUACGACAGGCAGAAGAACCCCAGCAAGGAGGAGAGGGAGGCUUUGGUGGAGGAGUGCAACAGGGCCGAGUGUCUGCAGAGAGGCGUCUCCCCCUCCAAAGCUCAGGGCCUCGGCUCCAAUCUGGUCACCGAGGUGCGAGUUUACAACUGGUUCGCCAACCGCCGCAAAGAGGAAGCCUUCAGGCAGAAGCUGGCCAUGGACGCCAUCACGGCGCCGACCCACGGCAUCAACCCGCUGCUGUCUCACAGCUCGCCGCAUCACCCCCAGACCAGCACCUCGCCUCCCAGUAAGAUGCCAGUGCGUUACAGCCAAGGCCCCAGCGAGGUCACUUCCUCCUCCACCAUCAGCCACCACAGCAGCAACGCGAUGGCGACCAGCCAGUCGGUGCUGCAACAGGUGUCUCCAGGUGGAUUGGACCACAGCCACAGUCUGCUGUCACCCGACACCAAGAUGAUUUCAGGUUCAGGCGGAGGACUUCCUCCAGUUAGCACGCUGACAAACAUCCACAGUUCCCAUCACAGCCACCAGCAGACACAGAACCUCAUCAUGCCUCUUUCCGGAGUCAUGGCCAUCGCACAGAGUUUAAACACAUCACAGUCUCAGACGGUGCCGGUGAUCAACAGCGUGGCUGGCAGCCUCGCAGCGCUGCAGCCGGUGCAGUUUUCCCAGCAGCUCCACAGUCCUCACCAGCAGAGCCUGAUGCAGCAGUCGCCGAGCCACAUGAGCCAGCAGCCGUUCAUGGCGACGGUCACACACUCGCACAUGUAUUCUCACAAGCAAGAGCCUCCACAAUAUUCCCACCCGUCACGUUUCCCCUCAGCCAUGGUGGUCACGGAUGCCAACAGCAUCAGCACACUCAGCUCCAUGUCCUCCAGCAAGACAGACGCUCCUGUAAACAAGAUGGUGCAACUUGGGGGUCUCUCCUGGUGUCCUCUUCAAGCUUGGUGAGAGCAUCCACCUGACUUCCUCGGUGCCCGGCAACCCGAGCACAUUUUUCCACCCUCUCACCGCGGUAACCAUGACAACUCUUAAUAACUCGCAACGGCGUGCUGGAUGAUGAGUCAGUCAACAAACACAGAGGAGUGACGACAGUCGGUGAGCAAGGCGGGGAAAAGAGAAAAUGGGGACAGACCUGAAAGUGAGGAGCCUGGAUCGGACCCCCCUCUGUGGCACACAAAUGAUCAACAAGGAUGUAUGAUUUUAACACAAUCUUUGAGGACAGUAUUCAGUCUUUCACGCCCCCUUUUUUCGGUACAGUCAUCCUCUGUUGUGACAUUACAAAGGAACAAAAACCAAGCACCAAAACCUGCUCAUGUGGACCUGAACUGAAGGCUCAGGGACGAUUUAAACUGUGGCGGAAACAUGAAACAGUGGCCUGCAGCUGUGGAGGCUGAAGGGACGCCUGGGCUGAAAGUGUCGCGUUUGCACGUGAGCAGACCGUGUGACAAUCACAAUAACCUUUAUUGAUCUUGUGCAUGCAUUUUGACAUUCUUACUGGGCUUUAAAAGGAGUCUUCCAUGUUAUGUUCUUUCACUCUCAGUUUACUGUACUAGCAGAAGAGCGAAUGAUGAAUGCCCGCUGGUUUGUGAGUUGUUCAAUGUGUAUACUGUGAUUGAAAAGACUUUUGACAAUCUUGAAAGGACUAUGCAAUGUUUCGUAUAACUGGAUUCUGCACAAAACUCCACACACAUGAGGCUGAAAAUGAAUUUGCGCUAUCAGUGCUAUUAUAUUCUGUUGAUAGAGCUGCCUGUAAAUGUAAGUUUUGACUGCAGCUGCGUGUCUCACAAGCUGCCAUAUCUUAAAAACCUGAUGUCACCUUAUUCAUCAGUUGUUUGCACACAGCUUCAGGUGAAAUUUCAGGAAUGGGACGCUCCCACGUCCUGCCACAAUGUGAAAUAAAGCAAAUAUUAUUCAUAAAAACUCCUCAUCGUCACAAAAUCAAGGCACAGGAUUCCCCUCUGCUGGGUAGAAUGAAAAUAUUCAGAGUAUUCAGAGACAAAACAGACAUGAAAGAGGCCGAUGUUGUGACAGCAGGACUCUAAUCAUACAGGAAUCCAGAAAAGGCUGAGAAACGUCGAGGAGAGAAGCAGCUGCUGUGGACGCCCACGCUGACAGUAUUAAGGUGUGACCAAAGUUUAGCAUCAACUCUAAGGUUUUUCCUUCUCGAUAACCACCAAAAAGGCAACAGAAAGGCCCGUAGUGAGUAAGUAUGGCAGAUCCAGUCUCCUGUUCAAUAUUAGGUCAUUACAUUGUUAUUAUUAUGUCUUUGGUUUGUGACUGUUAUAGGCAUAUCUACUGCCAUCUGAUCAGAGGGCACUCAUACUUGUGUGAAAGGACAUGAUUUUUUUUCUCCUCCUAAUGUAUUAUUUUUGUAUAAAAUUGAAAUCAAUCAUAAAUCAUUAUUUAUA